UCGAGGAAGAAGGGGGAAAAAAAAGACAGAAACAUAACGAGAAGAUAAAGGUCGAUAAGAGAGUCAAAGGGUUCAUCCAUCCUUCCGUCUGUUCCCGUCUCCUCACAUGAAAGCCGUGGAAAAGGGACGCGUGUUUCUCGCCUUUUGUUUUGUGCGUCUUCUUGUUCCUUCCCUGACUGAGAGGACUUACACCAUCAGAGGCGAUGAGAUGUGACUGAGCUAUGCCUUGUGGAAAUGGACAGACUUUAACCAAGCGAAAACAUGGCGUCUGCUUCCCGAGGCUUAGCUUUCUCCCCGGCGUGCUUGUGGCGCUGUGCUGGCUGCAGGCGUGCGGCUCCGGGCCGGCGGGGGCCGGCGGCGGCAGCUGCGGCCCCUGCCCCGUUAACUGCAGCUGCGCGCCGGCGGGGCCGCAGCAGCUCUGCGCCGUCAACUGCUCCAGCAUGGGACUGGAGAGGGCCCCAGCGGCGGCAGACUUCCCGCUGGCCACCGCUGUGCUAGAUCUGUCCAAGAACCACAUCUCCUCCCUGGAUACCAGCCUGCUAGAACGCCUCACCGGCCUCCAGGAGCUAUACCUUCAAGGGAACCGGAUCAAUGUUCUCCCCAGAGGAGUUUUCUGCUGUGGACCGCUGUCAGUCCUGGAUUUGAGCAACAACCAAAUCACCACCAUCGAAGAAAGGAUAUGUGACAACUUGUGCAAUUUAACUCAAAUCGAUCUGAGCGGCAACCCGUUUGUGUGUGAUUGUAAGCUGUUCCGGUUGGUGAGGUGGCUCCAGGAGAAAGGGGUGCAAGUUCGACGCCCGUAUGCCAUGCUCUGCAACCAUCCCUCUGACCUUCGCGACCAACCUUUGCUCAAUGUCAGCCUGCUCUGCGGUCCGAGUUAUGCGGCUUGUCUCGAGGACAGCGGCAGUGGAGGAGGACCAAGUGAGCUCGUUAUCUUCACUUCUUCCAACCCGGGAAACUUCACCCGUGAACAGUGCAACAGUGUGUGCUUUGGUUUGUCGCACCUCUACGGGGGCCUGGGGGACAGGCACGAGUGUCUCUGCAGCACCAACAACGAGCCCAACUUCAUCAGCGAAUCCCAGUGCUCGGCCGCCUGCACCAACCGCCACGUAAUGACGGAAUGUGGGUGGACUCUGGCUCGCGAUGUGUUUGCGGUGGAGUUCUCGGUUUCACUGAGAAGUCUCCCACUGCAAAGCGUUCAUGACCACAUCCUUUUCACCGCCGCCUCCUCUGUCAUGCCUGUGACACUCUCCUGGGACUUCGGCGACCUUUCAACGCGGGUCAACACUACAGGAACAGAGGUCACCACAGCGACUCACAAAUAUGGACUUCCAGGUCGCUAUACAGUCAGUUUGAAGGCCUGGGCUGGACACAAGGAGUUCCUGGCACGCACAGAGGUGACUGUGACUCUUCCUCCCAUGCUGGAGUUGCACUGUCCUCCCAUCGCUGUGGCCAAUAAGAGCAUCGAAGUCUCUCUUGUCAGCUGGGGCGGCGUCGGCUUGGAUGUAGACUGGACGAUAACAAAGAACGAUGUCCAAGUUGCCAAAGCCUUCCCUCACUGCACGGGAGAUAGAGUGUGGCACGCCGAGUCCUCGAGCUGUUUCCAGAUCCUUCCAGAGGAGCUGAGCUGGACGGAUGCACGGCAGCAGUGUGUGAAUCGCAGCGGGGACCUGGCAGUAGUCAGGAGUGACGCGUUGCGUAACCUGCUGGCACCAAAAGUCACAAAGGAGCGGGGUGCGUGGCUGGGGUUGAGUGACGUCGACUCUCCGGGCAAGCUGCGCUGGGUGAACGGAUCAGAGGCCCAGGAGGGAGAAGAGGGCCUGCCACCUCGGUCGGCAAUCUCCCGCGGAAACUUGUGCGUGUCCUUCGAUCAGCGCGGCCAGACGAGUUCACACCUGUGUGAUGCUAAGCGUGCCUUCGUCUGCCAGUAUACCCCCCAAGUGCGUGUUCCAGAUGCCGGGGUUUUCAUGGUCGGCAUGGCUGUGUUUCCCUCCCAUAAUCCCAGACACCAAGCUUCAUCCACUUCACUCUCUGCUCCACAGCAGCGCACCAUCAGCGGCGUAGAGCUGCUGUUGUUCCCUGCACUUAGCUUCAUUCAGGCAGGCCGUCUGUCCUCCCUGGAGUUUGUCACUGGAGAGCUGAGUUCACAAGUCCAUAUAAGAUUCCAGACCUACAGACCCCACUGCCAUUAUCCCAGCCAGCACCUGCUGCUGCCCAGUUGUGGAGGUCCGGUGUGUGCUCCGUUUGCACUUUGUGUCCCGAACGCCACAGUGAACGGCGACCCACCUUCUUGCCCCCGGCUGGAGCAGUGGUGUCCCUUUCAGCGCCGGUGUCUGCCCCUCUUUAGUCCAUGCCAGCCAUCCUCCUGUCCCAACUGCACCCAUGUGUACCACCUGCCACCCGGGAUGCAGAGGCCUCGUUACAUAUUGCAGAAAGAGGUGGUAUUUACUCUACCAGCAGGACCAGCAGCUCACGUGCUGUUACAAGACCAGCUGGAGGACAUUCUGGUUUCACGUGGCGAUGUCAUCGCCCUGCAGCACGACGGCGGCCCAUCCUCUCUUCUUCAGUGCCAAUCUUCUCCACAGUCGUCGUGGCGACAGCCUGUUUUUGCCCUUAACACAUCAGAAUGGCUGUGGCUGAACGGUACCAGACAGUUGGCAGAUUCUUCGGAUGACCCCGCGCCUGACCCGGAGCUUGACAUGGAGGCUUUGGAGAAGGAUGGCGAGGGAGGCUGGGUGGGGGAAGUGGUCUGCCCAAUCAGAGUGCUCUAUGUGGGACACAACGGGACCCAGCUGCAGGGAGCGCAGCUGUCUGCAGGUCUGCCCAGGCCGGGACUGUACAGCCUGCUGGUGAAUUCAACAGAGACGUCAUACCCAGCCUCAGCGUCGUGCCCGCUGCGGGUGGUGCCUCCUCUGGGUUUGACAAUUCUCCACCCUCCUCCGCAAAAUGGUACACUGUAUUUGCAGCCCAGCAACACCCGGCUUCUACUCCGGGUGCAGUCUCGCUACCUGACACUGGCAUCUCAGCAUGGCAGCAAUGUCAGCGCUACUUUCCGCUCCGAAUGCCCCCAAGAGUUUUCGCACAGUCCGGGACUCUGUGAGCCCGGGUUGAGCUGGGGUUCAGGCGUGGAGGCGGCCGAGCCCAGCCUGUACGCGGCCCUGGAUCUGAACCUGGGAGCAGAGGAACACAAGAGUCCGCUGAAGGUGGAGCUGGAAGCCAAAAGUAAUGUGACAGAGGCCAGUCUGGUGGUGGCUGUUCACCUGGAAAAGCCACUGAGAGACCUGGUGGUGCAGCCGGACCCGUCACGCAGGGUACUGAAGGAGACGCUCGUGAGCUACACCGCUUCGGUCCUGGACGGUUCCAAUCCCUCGUUCAAAUGGACACUGGAUGACAAGCCCUUCUUCACCUAUUACAACACUGUCCUCAACGUCAUCUACCAACACGCCGCCACCUACAAGCUCACGGUGAAGGGCUCAAACCACGUCAGCACGCUCACACAGCAUUUCAACGUCACGGUGGAUCAGCUGCAGCCCAUUGCCAACCUCACAGUCAAGGGUGUGCCAGAUGUCGUCCCUCAGGGCUCCAAUCAGACUCUCACCACCUCCGUGCUCUUGGACAUGUCGGUGGCAGCCACCUUCCGAUGGUCUUUCGGUGACGGAGGAUAUGAGGAGUUUGAGUUCAAGCCUCCCUAUUCUCCAUCCCUCCUCUGUCCAGACUCUCCUAAUCAAGUCCUUCUCAGCAAAAACAUCACCUAUAUUUAUUCUCAGCCAGGAAUAUAUGCAGCGCUGGUGUCGGUGUCCAAUCGUUACGAGAACAUCAGUCAGAGCAUUAACAUGAGUGUUUACAGCAUCCUGACCCGUGUUGAUCUACAAACGGAGCCUCAACUCCUCCUGGUGGGGAAGUCGGCUGAUUUCGAGGCUCACCCUCUGCCUUCCCCGUAUGGAAUUCACUAUGACUGGGACUUUGGAGACGGUUCUGCCCGGCAGCAAGGUCGCCGCGUGGCGCACACCUACAUGGAAAAAGGCGUGUUCAAUGUCUGUGUGUCGGUAAACAACACCAUCAGCUCCACUAAGGCUUGCGCUCAGAUGUUUGUUUAUGAGGAGAUUGAAGAUCUGACGGCUAACAGCUCCACGCCCUCGGAGCUCAACAGUCUCACCACGGUGUGGGCACAUCUUGGCUCUGGUAAUAAAAUCUCAUGGACCUUUUCAAUGGGUGAUGGCAAGAUCUACACUACUCCUGAGCCCUAUGUGUCACACAGAUACACAAAAGAAGGCAACUACACCGUAAACGUAACUGCCAUGAAUGCAGUGAGCUCUGGUUGGACCAUACUUCCAGUUCAUGUCUUUGUCUUCCAAGUUAUAAAAAUGGAACCAUCCGGAUGUGUCCAGGAGCGAACCAAUGUUAGUUUUCAAGCCUGGGUUUCUGGUAAUGCAUCAAUUCAUCUUUAUAAAUGGAGCUUUGGGGACGGGAGCCCCAACGAGACACUCUACGGAAACCCCAGAGUCUCACACACCUAUGAGACGAGCGGGAAGUACCACCUCUCCCUGCUCCUGUCCAGCGGAGUCAACAAGGCCACCAAGGCCAAUUUCUUCAACUGGGUGUGUGUGCAACCGGCACUGACCAGCAUAAGCUUCAUCCCAGAGAAAUCCCGCUACGCCGUCGGCGAGGAUGUAAAGUUCCACGUCACAGCCAUUCCUGAUUUUAACUACAGCUAUCACUGGGACUUCGGCACAGAGGGGGACCUUGUGCUCAAACAUGGUUCUGGGAUUAUUGCGACAACCUAUAAAAAACCAGGCCGCUACUUAGUGACAGUACAUGUCUUCAAUAACAUCUCUACAGGUAACAGCAGUGCUGUGAUUGAAGUUCUGAUGCCUAUUGGAGCAGUUUUUAUUCAACAUAACGGCACAAAAUCCAACAACCUGACACUUGGGGCUCCAUACGCUUUCAUGACUUCUUCCUUAGCCUCCAAUGUCACUUACACUUGGAAUUUUGGAAAUGGAAAUAUCCUUACUGGCCAGAAUAUCCUCUAUACGUACAACAUCUCCGGGACCUACAACAUCACAUUGAGAGCGAUCAACAUUAUCAGCCAGAAUGACACUGUUCUCCCCGUCACAGUGCUCGCACCUAUCCGUGGGUUGACGGUCAAUGCCAGUUUAAUAAAUGUCCCUCUGAAUGUCUCAGUCUACUUUGAGGCCCACAAGGAGGAGGGAGAUGGUGUCCGGUAUUCUUGGAUAGUGUGUGAUCACUGCACCUCCAUAUCAGGAAAUAACAACAUGUUCUACACCUUCCGCUCUGUUGGCACAUUCAACAUCAUCGUGACAGCGGAGAACGACGUUGGAGCAGCACAAGCGAGCAUCUUCCUGUUUGUCCAGCGUGAGUUGGAGGGUCUGCAGAUUUUAGCAGAGGAAAUGGUCGUAGGUGAAUUGGACGGCUGUUGCUAUGCCACAAAUCGUGUCCUUCACCUUCAGGCAGGACUGAAGGAGGGCACCAACAUGAGUUUUACGUGGAACAUCAUCAGAGAGUUGGAUCCUUCCUUGUUCAACAUAAGUGGUAAAACCGUGGAGCUGAAUUUCUCAAAACCAGGCCCGUGUGACAUCUUUCUACGGGCAGCCAACCUCCUCGGCCAGCUGUCUGUCAACAGAACCAUCUACUUCAUUGAACCAGUCGGAGGCGUGUACCUGCAGAUCAGCAACAACCCAGUUGCUGUGAGUGCUUCAACAAACCUGACGUUGCUGGUUAGGGAAGGUUCACAUCUGUACUAUCAGUGGUCUGUAGAUGGGAACAAGCUACAGUGGAACAAGCCCUGGUUGACCCACAACUUCAGCAAUCCAGGUCAAAAACUAAUUACUGUGGGGGUCUCCAAUGAAGUUAGCUCAGAAGUGGUGUCGGAGAAUGUUUAUGUCCAGGAAGUCAUUUCUGGGUUGAGUUUCUCAGCCGCCAAUGUGGCUGAGCAGAGUUUCGUAGCAACAGGAGUCAACAUUUCUCUGCAAGGAGAAGUGCUGACAGGAACAAAUGUUACGUGGACAUGGCUACUGGAAGGACGGACUCAAACAGGAAGGGAAUCAUCAGUGAUCUUUCGGGAGCCAAAGACGGCCAUCGUUACUUUAAAUGCCACCAAUGAUGUCAGUGGGCAAGUAGUUUCAAAGGAGUUCUUUGUUGAGGAGAAGAUUCAGUGGUUGGAGCUCAGGUCGAGUACAAAGCUCGCAGCGGUCAACGAGAAAGUGGAAUUCACCAUUUCCAUGGCAGGGGGUUCGAAUGUUCAGCUGAUCCUCAGCAUCAACGGCGAUCCUACGACUGACCUUAAACCUAACCAGACCUACACCCAUGUCUUCACCAGGGUGGAUACGUACAUGGUGAAUCUCACCGCUCACAACCAGGUGAGUUUUUUGUGGCACCAUGUCCAUGUGGUGGUAUUGGAGCCGGUGCGUGGACUUGCCAUCGAGAAAAUCCCUAAAGCGAUUCCCGUUGGUGAGAAUCAAGUGUUUAAAGCCAGCAUCAACACGGGCAACCCUGUUAGUUUCCUGUGGACUUUUGAUCUGCACAUGCACCAGGCGUCGCGAGUUGGCAAACAGGUGCACUACACCCCAGCAGAUCAAGGUUCACUGACCAUCUAUCUCAAGGCCUUUAACAAUCUGCAUGGUCAGAACAUCACCGAGCACAUAUUGGUGCAGCACAAGCUGCAGUCUGCUAGUCUGCAUGCAGUACCGCAGGACACUUUCAUCAACAAGACGGUGAGGCUGGAGGCCUCCGUCAUGCCCAGAUCUAAUCCUCUGGAAUGCAUGUGGCACUUUGGUGACGGCUCUAAACCAGUGCAGACCAAAGGCACCAUAGUGGACUACAAAUACAGAAUUCCUGGACCCUACCUUGUACAAGUGAACUGCAGUAACCGGGUGAGCUGGGUGUUGGCCCAGGUGGUGGUGAGCAUAGGCGUGUUGGAGUGCGAGGAGCCAGAAGUGCAGGUGGCUCAGACGCGUCUGGUCAUCUGGCGCUCACAGCCCACUUUUGUGGAGGCCAGUGUGGAUUUGAAAGGCUGCACACGCUACGGGGCCCAGUACCUCUGGAGGAUAUUCUCAGCGUCUUGUGGCGAUGAUGAAAUAAUGAAAGACGGAUUGGAGACUCGGUUUUCUCCCAGCCAAGCGGUUCGCCUGCCAGUGGAGGUGGAUGUGCGACGGCUCCAGCUGUCAUUACCGAAGAUGUCUUUGGCAGCUGGCAACUAUAGCUUAGUGUUUUCUCUGUCGUACAAAAGCGUACCACUAAGGAAGGCUGCCUGUCUGCACCUCAGUGUCAUGGCUGCCAAGCUGAAGCCCAUUAUAGAAGGAGGCACCUACCGGGUGUGGUCGAAGACGCAGGACCUGCAGCUCAGUGCAGAGCAGUCCUACGACCCCAACAUGGACCCAGACAGCCAGUCUUUACUGCACUACCACUGGGAGUGUCACGGUACUUCUGAGGGUCCAGAGUACUGCUCCAAUCUGAACUUCGGCCUUGGCUCCAGCGGUCCUGUGCUGGGAAUCUCUGGCGAUGAACUUGAAGCAGGCAUCGAGUACACUUUCAAAUUAACCAUCAGCAAAGACGGCAUGGAUCCGGAGUCCACCACACAGACUGUGCUCGUGCAGAGUGGCGACAUUCCCAUGGUGUAUCUGGAGUGUGUGUCCUGUAAGGCUCAGUCCAUUUAUGAGGUCAGCCAUAACUCGUAUGUUUACCUCAAAGGAAGAUGCUCCAACUGCCAUGGCUUUCAUCGUGGGCGGUGGAGUGCAAUGAAUCUUCGCAACAAGACUCUGGUCCUGGACUACUCCUCCACCACCACGGGAAGUGACGGCAUGAAUCUGGUGCUGCGAAAGGGCAUCCUGAAAGAUGGGGAUUCCUACAUUUUCACUCUGCACGUGAUUGACAGCGAUCUGGAUGGCGAGGGCGCUGCCUCGAUCACGUUGCACCAUAACAAUCCUCCAGAAGGUGGAGAGUGUCACCUGAGAGGGGAAGGGGAGGCGGGAACGGUGUAUGGGGAUGGCAGCAUUGAAGGCUGGAGGAUACGCUCCCUGCUGGACCACGUUCACUUUAAUUGCUCAGGUUAUAGCGAUCUGGGUGUCUCAGAAACUCCCUUUGUGUAUAGCCUGCUGGUGACGCGCUGCAGGGAAGACUACUGCGAGGACCUCUGCAUUUACAAAGGCAGCAGUCAGGAGUACUCUGCCUUCUUGCCACCAGGCUUCAGAUCAGCUCGACACCGUGUGUCCGUGUACAUCACAGUGGAGGACCACCAGGGGGCUGCCAGCCUCGCACUCAAUAAGACCAUUGAGGUUGUGUUGCCAGAUCCACCCCCAGAGUACAGCAGUCUACCUCACUGGCUGUCUGAGCUGAUAGACACCAAACUCAAAAAACUGCUGGAACAGGGAGACUCCCAAAAGGUCAGAGAGUUAUCGCUGGCUCUCAUUACAGUCCUAAAUGAGUACGAGCGGACCAGAAAGUCAUCCCGGGUGUCUCGAGAUGAACGCAAUUACAGAGUCAGAGUCCGCAGCAACAUCACAAGAGCUCUGACUGCUCUUGACCUGACUACAGUUAGUGACAUCCAACAAACCUCCGCUGCCCUGGCACAGUGCACGGCGGUGAGUCGAGAGUUCAUCUGUGAGGAGUGUCAGAACAGCACUUUAAACAAGCUGGAGUCCAUGCUGGAGAUUCUGCAGACAGACACCAAGCAAGGCACCGUCACGCCAACUGAAAUAGCCGAUAACAUCCUAAACAUCAUGGGAGAUCUGAUCCAUCAGGUCAGCCAGUCGGCCUCCAAUUCAAACUUCCAGCCUGCCUACGUGGAUUCUCCCUCCCCCUCUUCUUCCUUCUCCAUUUCUCCCGGUGAAGAGCAUGGAAACGCCCUGUUGGACGCCUCGCCCGCCUCACUGGAGCCACACCCUCUGCGUGUGGCGGCCAAGGCCUACAGCCUGUCGUCGGUCCUGAUGCUGAUCCUCAUGCACGCCCGUGUGCUCAACGAGGAGCCGCUCAUUCUCGGGGGGGCUGAGAUCGCUGCCACAGGAAAACUAGCAGAUCCUCAGAGUCUGCUCUGCUACCAUGGCAACAACAGUCCAGAGUGCCAGCGGUUCUCCAUCCCCCGAGCUUUCGACAAAAGUCUCGGUAAAGUUGCUUCAGGAAAUAGCAUCAUGCAGCUACUUUUUCAGGUUGAUUCCAAUCCGUUCCCUUUCAACUACGUGUCCAACUACGCUGUCUCCACUGAAGUGGCAUCCAUGGAGUUUCGCACUGAAAAUGGCACACAUAUCCCAAUCUCUGGAUUAGAUGAUAGUCUGGCCAUCACAGUUGCCGUUAACAACGCCAGCAGUGGAGAUGCUGGUGCUGAGGACUCUGGCGCAAGGGGGGUCCCCACUGCCGGAGCCGUAAACAUAAGCCACUGCGACUCCGUUGUGGUCAGGGUGAGCACAGGAAACGACAACAGGCAAGCAGGGCUGUUUGUGCAGCUCAACUUCACCACUUUGGAAGUUGUAAGAGAGAAGGAUGAAAGAGAAAAUGUAGAAGAGGAGCCAUUCGUAACUGCUUUUCUCCACUCCCAUGAGCAUCCAAACGAGUUCAACUGCACGGAAAGAAAGCGCAUCACACUCAGCAUGACCAAGGGGGAGGAUCACAAGAAAUACACCUUCUUCCUGUCACCAGAAAUCUAUGACACCACUCUCGACUACUUCAUCAACGUAAGCACGCCCUGCAGCCCUGGCGCUCGGCCCGUCGGUGUUCAUCUGGAGGUCGGGGUGUUUGCCUCCCUGUGCCAGUACUUCAGCGAGAGUGAAAAGCAGUGGCGGACAGAUGGCAUGGUUCCCCUGGCAGAGACCAACUCCAGCAGAGCAGUGUGCCGCACCAGACACCUCACAGCCUUCGCUGCGGGUCUCUUCGUACCGACCAACGCUGUCAGCUUUAAAAUGCCAGAGCGUUUGAGUGCGCCGAGUCUGGUGGUGCUGUUGGUGUGCAUAUUGGGCUUGCUAAGCUACGUCGUUGCUGCGGCGAUCCUGCACAAACUGGACCAGCUGGAUCUGCGACGAGCCGGCGUGGUUCCGCUCUGUGGCCGAGAUGGACUGUUCAAGUACGAGGUCCAGGUCAAAACUGGCUGGAGCCGGAGUGCAGGCACAACGGCUCACGUGGGCAUCAGUCUGUAUGGAAGAGAGAGCCGCAGCGGACACCGCCAUCUCGACAGCCGAGGGGCUUUCACACGUAAUGCUCUUGACAUCUUUCACAUCGCCACGGACACCAGCCUGGGUAGCGUGUGGAAAAUACGGGUUUGGCAUGACAACAAAGGUCUGUCUCCAGCGUGGAUGCUGCAGUACGUCCUGGUCAAAGACCUGCAGACGGGAAGCAGCUACUUCUUCCUGGUUGACGAGUGGCUGUCGGUUGACUCUGAAAAAACGGAUGGACGAGUGGAGAUUGAAGUGGAGGCCUCAGAGGAGGCUGUGCUUCGUCGGCUGCCGCGCCUCCUGCGUUGUGAAUUGCAGAGGGCGCUGUGUGAGAGUCACCUGUGGCUUUCGCUGUGGGAGAGACCCCCGCGCAGCCCCUUCACCCGCCUGCAGAGAGCCACAUGCUGCGCCGUGUUACUGCAGCUCUUCCUGUUGGCCAACACUCUGUGGUACGGCACCGUGGUGGACAACAGAUACAGCCCCAGGGCUGUGUCGAGGUUGUCCUCAUUAGAUGGAGAGACAGUGGCAGCCGGCUUGGUGACCUGUCUGGUCGUCUACCCUCUCUACCUGCUUGUCUUCACUCUAUUCAGAAUGAGCCGCAGCAAGUGUGUAACGGUGGAGCAGGUACCACCGCAAACGGAUCAGGAAUCGGUGGAGAUCGAUGACUUCCUGGACAACUCCAUGGCGGGAAGUUCCUUCCUCUUCUUUAAUGGCGAGACCAACUCCGAGGAAACAAACGUGGAUUUUCCUACUCCAUCAAUCAACAGUGAAGACAGCUGGGACAUGGCAGACGGGGACACGGAGGACAGAGAUUGGCCGGAGCUACUGAGUGACGUGUCGGUGGUGGGAGGGGCGGGACACGGCGCAGGGAUGCCCCGGCUGAAGAGGGGUCAGGGGAGCCGACACCUGGGGGUCGACAUGACCUUCGGCCCUGAUGAGGAGAAGGGUGCUGACCAGCACAACAAAUACUUCACCUCAUCUGAUGAGGAUCUUAUCAAGCACAUACUGGCAGACGGGCAGAACUUCUUUCCCCAGGCGGAUGAAAGUGAGAUGGCCGACCUGUCAAGUAUUUUUGGAGAUAAGACUGAAGUGAUUCUCCUUCAAAAGCUCAGCGACCCCCUUCCUCUCGAAUCUCUCCGAAGGGACCCGCCGAAAACGGCUUUCAUCUCCAAUACAGUUGUUACGGACGUGUGCCGCCCCAGAAGGUUCCCCCCCUGGUGUGGACGCGCCGCCAUGUGGGGCAGCUGGGCUGGGAUCGCUCUGGCCAGCGCCGUUUCCAUUUGGGCCGGCUACGGCUUCAGUGGGAGCAUGGCCAUGAGGUGGUUAAUCUCCUGCUUUGCCAGUUUGUCGUGCUCCUGCCUGCUCUUGGAGCCGAUUAAGGUGUUCUGUGAAGCGGUCUACUACGCUCUCUGUGUGAGACGGCUGCGUCCAGAAGACCAGGACGUGCUGGUGGAGUUCCCUCGGGUGGAGAGAGUAGUCCAGCGGGUCACCAGGGUGAGACCGCCGCAGGGCUUUGCUCUGUCUCAAGCCCGCAACCAGGCGCGCAAGGUCCACAUGCUGCACACCAUGCUAAAGAAUUUCCUGCUUUACAUGUUUUUCCUUUUGGUCGCCUUGCUCCUGAACUACUCUGACUCAGCCAAAGACGCUCACAGCUUGAGACUGCGGACUCAGCUGCAGCAAGCCUUACCCACACCGGAGUACCACACUAUCAGCAGCCGAGAUGAUGUUCUGAAGUGGCUGAAUGGGUCUUUGUUGCCACGGCUACUUAAUGAGCCAUUACUCAUGAGAGACACAGGAAGCAUCUUGCUCGGCACAGUGAGACUGCGCCAGGUCCGGGACGCACAGGGCGGGUUCAGGGCGAUAUCUCCUCGGGGAAAGAGCUGGGUUACCACUCCGACUGCAGGCAAUGGGAAUGUCUCCGUUUCUGGUGCUAUUGAUGCAGAUCGGGUGUGGCAUCGGGGUGAGAUGGGGACGUACAACAGCAGAGAUGUGGUUCACCAGCUGAACAGAAGCCUGGACGAGGCCUCUUCCUCCCUGCAGCAGCUGCAGCAGCUGCACUGGCUCAGCCACAGGACUCGUGGCGUGUCCGUGGAGUUCUCCCUCUACAACAUCAACACAAACCUGCUGGCCGUCUUCUCCUUCUUGUUUGAGUUUCCGGUGUCCGAGCGUGCCCAGUCCAGCCUGGAUCUUGUUGUCUUCACUCUGUGGCCAGUUACAGGCUUGGAUCUACAACUUCUUCUCUCGAUGGUUCUGCUGGCGUUGGUGUUGUAUUUCCUGGUGCGGGGAGUCCUGGGUUUUCUCAGUGAAGGUUACGGCUACCUCCUGUCCGUUUGGAGGUUCUUGGGUAUCUGUAAAUUAUGUCUGGCAGCGUCUGUGUGUGGGCUACACCUGAGCCGCUCCGUCAUGGCCGCACAGCUGUGGGCGUCGUUCCUGAAGCACCCGCGGGACGUCUUCACAGACUUCUCCCCCCUGGCCAGGCAGAGCCAACUGUACACCAUCGUGUCUGCCACGCUAUUGUUCAUACUGGUGCUCAAGGCGUCCCACCAGCUGCGGUUCCUGCGAGAGUGGGCUGUGUUUGGCCGGGCACUGCGACGCUCCGUGUGGGAGCUGCUGGGAGUCUCCCUGGUCCUUCUGCUGUUACUGCUGGCUUAUUCACACACAGGACACCUGCUCUUCCACUCGGUGCUGGACGGCUACGGCAGUGUGAUGUCCGCCUGUCUGUCCCUGCUGGGCGUUGGCAGACGAGGUUUGUUGGCAUGGCGCCCUGCAGUGACGAUGACCGGUCCCUCCAGCACCAUCUCCUCAUUGGUGUUCCACGUGAGCUUCGCCAUACUUCGGCUGGUAUUUCUGUGGUUGGUCAUUUCUGUGAUACUGAGAAAUUACCGGCGUGCACGAGCGGAGUUGUACCGUCCUGCCGUGGAUCUCCAAGACCACGAGAUGGUUGAGCUCUUCCUCAGACGACUCAAAAUGUGGAUGGGACUCAGCCGGGCCAAGGAGUUCCGUCACAAAGUGCGCUUCGAAGGCAUGGAGCUUCCUCCGUCCCGCUCGUCCUCCACCAGCGACUGCAAGUCCCUGUGUUUGCCCCCACUGGACAGUCCAGACUCCCCACCCAGUCCAGACAGCGUCGAUGCUGGAUCCGAGGCGUCGUGGCGCCCGGCGUCGUCCAGCCCCUGCAGCCUGACCGAAGCCCCGGGGAUCAGCCUGGGUCUGGGACUGGGCCUGGGGCUGGGCGUGGGGCUCGGCUCAGGAACCGGAGUGGGAGGAACCAGCUGGAGGGAGAGAGCGGAGACAGAAGCCUCUCUACGGAGGCUCCUCCCCACCCUGGACGCCUUGCUGCAGCAGCUUGACCGUGUCACCGUGGCAACUGAGGACGUGUACCACGUCGAGUGUAAACUGGAGCGAACCCAGAGGAAGAGGAAGCGUAAGGAGAGAAAAAGAGAAAAGGGAGAUUAUGGUCAGGGAGGGAGGAGUGAAGCUAAACAGAGAGGGAAGGGGGAGGACAAGGACCAGAGGGAACAAAAGACUGGAAAGGACAAACACAAGGGAAGCAGGAAGGGUAAAAAGACAGAGAAAAGUGAACUUUCAAAAGAAUCCUGGAGCAGUCCCGGUAACACCAGAAAGACUCCUGCAGCCACACCUGUUCCUUUUUUAAAGCCGAAGCCAGCGACGGCCUCUGUGCAUCCUCCCACCCCACAAUCUUCACUGAAAUGUUCAGUCAGCGCUGCUCCGCCCUCCCCACUCACAGGUAAAUGUGCCACUGACCUUCACCCUCUGCCGGUGUCAUCAUCAAGCACUCUGCCACCCAGAACACCCACUGCCCCGUCAAGCGUGCGUGCGCCUGUCACUUCCAUGCCACCUACCCCUGGAUCAACGCCCAUUUCCAGAGACUGGGAUCCUCUCAGUGACAGAGACGCCCUCCCCUACUCGAGUCCGUUCAAUCACCCAGCUCACACUGCCACAAUCCCCAAGCGUAAGAGGAAACGGAAACCGCCCCCUCUCAAAAAUAAGGUGCACCCAACUUAGAUGGACACUGACAAGGACACCCCCAAACUCUGGACUUGGCACGAAAAGGACGAAAGAUAUGAAAGGGGAGGCAGAAAAACGUGUGUGAAAUGUUGGGUUAAGGACGAGAAGGGACCGGGACAGCUGGUUUGGUACCCGGACGCCCCUCUCUAAACCCAGAAGCAGAGAAAUGAAUGGAUGACAAAGUACAAGACGAAUAAGAAUUGUUGUUUGGGGUGAUGAUAGACCGCUGGAGAGCAGUUAACAUGAGAGCUCUGAAAACUGGUCAACAUGUUCAACUUGACUCUCAAAAAAAAACAAAAACGGUGCAGGUCACCAGAUGGUUAAGUCAGAGGUGAAAGAAAAAAAAAGCAUUGUUCAGCUCUCAACUCUCCAAAAAACGGACCUAUGUCCCCAUGUGACCCCGGAGGCCACGUGUAAUCGUCGACAGGAGCACAAAGACGUGCUCACCAGUUGAACUUGCAAACUGAAAGCAAAUCUUGCAAUCAGCAUUUUUGUAUGUCUUUGAAAACCAUGAUCUGUGUUAUAUUGUCCGUCUACCUGUUGUUAUAUAUAUAUUUUCAUAUUUUGUGUCCUACGAACCCAAAGUUGCCUGCAGACACACUCGGAUAUACGCACAUGCAGGUAUACAGUCGUAUAUAUAAACACUGUAGACGUGUAUCAGCAAAUGGAAAUAUGUUGUACGCUUCAGCCCUCUGAGAAAAAGGGAAAUGCACACAUGCACAAAAAUGUAACGCUGCUGGGAUUCCAGCGGGCGCUCUUCAGGAUAAAAGUGUCUUCCCGUCAGACGUGUGGGAGUUGUGAAAGAGAGAUGCGACCUAGAGGGACGAAAUCAAGUAAAUACAAAAGGAUGUAGUAAGUGGUAACAGAAUAAGCAACCAAAUGUGUCUGAUGGUAUUUGAUUGUAGAUAGAAGAUGAGGAAAUCUGAAUGAUUUGUCUUCAUGUAAACUGUUUCUAAUAUUUACACGGUUUCUCCCUUUAUAAAGCUAUAACGACUCCCAGUCUGUUUAUAUCUCCUAAAUGUUUUAAUGUCUUGUAUGUUUGUGUGUGUGUCGUGUUUAUGAGGGAGAUUUAAAAGCACUUUUGUCUGAUUCCUUUUUGUUAUGGUGUUGUGUAAAAUAAUAAGCUGAGCAUCCAAACCAAAAGAAAAAGCUUCACUCGUUCUGUAUCUUAACCGCAGGUGUUGCCAAAGCUUUCACAUCAUUUAUGCCAAGUAUUUUUUUAUUUUUAUUUUUGUACUUGCACUUUAUUCUGUAAUGGAGCUUGAGAUUGAACACCAUAUUUAACUGUGUCAGUUUGUGUCAUUACUGCUACAUUAAAGAAACAUUCCUGACAGUAUUACCACAGCGUUGUUGAAGCAGUACCAAGCUGGUUGGGGUUUUUUUUGUUUUUUUUGCUUUCAUCCACCCUUUAUGUUGUUGUUUUUGUACAAGCGCACUUCCUUCGUCCAAUAGACAGAUCUCAGGGAACCCGGUCUUGCUUUAUAACUUAAAGUCCACUAAAAUCAGAACUGGUUGCAAAAAUAAAUGUUUCCAGUAACAGAAAAAUUACACCCUGGAAUUUUUGAAAAAGGGAACAGUACUUCAUUGUGUUUGCCUUGCUUUUUUUUUUUCUUUUAAGUAUACAAUGUCAAGUGCCUAUUUACUAUUUAAUCAUAUUGUAUGUUAAUACACCAUAUGAUUUGUUUUUUUUUUAAAUGUUAUCAAAGUUUUCUUCCUAUCAGUUUUCUCCCCUGUAUGUACAUUUCUGUAUAUAUUUGCGCCUAUGAUGUAUAUAUUUUUGCGACAUACACAUAGAUCAAGCACUGGUGUUGCAAACUUGAGUUUUACACUUCUCUGGUCUAACUAAGAGGCCAACAGCCAAAGCUAUUAAUUAGUUUGCCAACACAAGAGACAAUUAAAAACCGCAAGCUCAGACGUUAACAGCCCAUCUAGCAGCCUUAUAUUCCUCUU